AUGCUUGUGGAGAAUGCAAAAAUCAGGAUUGAAACUCAUCGGCAAGCAGCCAUUCUCUACUUCGCAGUAUGGUCCGUCUACAGUCUCUACUUCCACCCACUGAGCCGCUGCCCGGGUCCCAAGCUGGCUGCCAUCUCGCCCAUUAUCCACAUUUUGUGGGAUAUCCGUGGCAAGGAGCACUCGGGGCUCUUCGUCAAGGAUCCAGCCCUGUAUUCGCCGACACCCAAUGGAACCAAUGCCAUGAUCACUGCAAAUAACGAGGAGCACACCCGAAUGCGCCGUCUACUCACCCAUGCGUUCUCGAACAAGGCACUCAAGGAACAGGAUCAGAUUCUCCAUGUCUACGCUGAUAUGCUCAUUGACAAACUCGCCGGUAUUGUGCGCGGAAGUCAACACCCAGUCGUUGACAUGACUCGCUGGUAUAAUUUCACCACCUUCAAUCUGAUCGGGGAUCUUCCCUUCGGCGAGCCCUUUGGUUGUCUCUCCGACAACAAGUACCAUUGUCCCAAGACAUCUGCUCAAGAAGCGCAAGGCAAGUUUACCUCAUGCAUUAUCAAGCAUGGUAACGGUGGACGUGGCUUGUCUCUUCCGGAGAUUGAUGUCAAUGCGGGUGUGUUUGUACUUGCUGGGAGUGAGACAACUGCUGCUCUGCUUACGGGUUGUACGUAUUACCUUCUGCGGCACCCGGAGAAGUAUGUUCGGUUGGUUAGUGAGAUUCGCGGCGCUUUUGCGCAGAUAUCUGAGAUUAAGUUGUCUGCUCUUGUUGAGCUUCCUUAUCUGAAUGCUGUUUUGACUAAAAUUUUACGAAUCUAUUCUCCUAUUCCUUUUAUGCUUCCGCGUCUUGUGCCUCAAGGUGGAGCCGUCAUUGACGGUCAAUAUGUUCCUGGUAGAGUUUCUGUUUCAAUCUCGUUGUUCUUGGCUUUUCAUUCGAACACCAACUUCAAUAAUCCGGACUCCUUCAUCCUGAGCGUUGGCUUUCUGGUCCCGAGUCUUCUGAAUUCAUUUCCGAUCAAACGGAUGCACUUCGACCAUUUUCAUAUGGACCACGCAACUGCAUCGGUCAGCACUGAUGCCGAAAUGCGUCUUAUUCUCGCCAAGUUCCUUUGGCACUUUGACCUCGAGCUCCAGGUCGAAUCCCUCUUUUCAAUGGUCUGUCCAAAACUCCUUUUCCCUCUGGAGUCGGCCUGCGUUGUGGGUGAAGCUUCGCCAUCCUAG